AUGCUGUAUACCUCUCCAGACCUCAACAUCGAGGCAUGGGUCGAGUUCAGCGACGGCCGCAAGCUGAACGAGCAUAGGCUCACCCGCGUGCGGGACGACAAGACGGGCCAAGCCGACGCUCUGUGCAAGGCGUACCUGGAGUGCGAAGAAGGCGAAAGCUUCAAGGUCAAGUUGAGCGCACCUCCAUACAUGAUGCUCUCCCAGCCUGGCUUGGUCGCCUAUCUGUACAUUGAUGGUCGAAGCGUAGACGGAAGGCACUGGCCGCGACCAGUGAAUCAGGUCACCUUCGAGACCCUGUUCAAGAGGGAGGGAGGGCAGAUGUUCAGCUGUGAUCUCGCAUUUGCUGCUCUCUCAAAGACGGACGAUGAAGGCGAAGUCACCUGUAGGGGCGCAGAAGUGGACAAUCUCUGCCGAAUCGAGGUGGUCGUACGCCGUGGGUCAAAGCGGCCCAGUCAAGCGCUAUACGCUCCUAAGUCCGCCGGUGACGUGGGUAAAGUGCACGAGAAGCAGAUCAAGCUUGGCUCGACCGUUGUCGGCAAGAACCAGAAAGUCUUCGUUCCCGGCGGUAGCAGCCAUUUUGUCCCGGAUCCACGCCGCCCAGAUGUGGCUAGAUUUCAGUGGACAUAUCACACCAAGUCCAAGCUAUCCAUCAUGGGCAUCAUUGAAGAUGAGCCUGAAGAGGCACCUCUUCCGAAUCCCAGGAAGCGCCGACAACAAUCUUCCGCCUCGGCGGAAGCUGCGGACCUGGACGACGUUGAUGAUGGAAUCCAAGCAGUUGACGCGCCAGUUGUCAAGAAGGAGAAGAAGGCAAGGGCUUCGGGCGUCAAGCAGGAACCUAUCCCGGUAUAUGAGUAUGGGACCGGCACAUCGUCCGGCAAUCGGAACAAGGUGGACAGUGUCAUCGAUCUGACGGGCGAUGACUGA